GCAAGAGGGACGUGCCCUGGUCUGGCGCGAUCCGCGAACGUUAUGCGGACUCAGGAGGCGGGUGCUGCGGGAGCUUAGGUAAGCAAGGUGCCGGGGGUUGGCCCUGACCCACUGAGCGAAGUGUUGGUCUUCGGUCACAGUCAUAGAAGCGCGGCGGUCUGCGGGGGGAAGUUUGGGGAGCUCUAAGGUUUCCCGGGAUUUCUGUCUCUCCUCACGGAGCUGCUCUUUGAGAAACUUCUCUGCUGCGCCUGGAGCGGAGACUUCUAAGCUGGUGUUUCAAGGAUGGAUGAGAUUGUUUCAGAGUUUAUUAGGAGGACUAUCCUGAAAAUCCCAGUUGCUGAAAUUUUGAAAAUCCUGAGAAUAUGGAACUUUAUUCCAGAAAGUCAGCUGAAGACCAUAAACUUUCAAAAAUUCAAGGAAGAUGUCUGCCAGCAAGUGGUUGAGCUUUGUAAGAAGAAACGUGCAAGUAUGGAAGAAGCUGCGAUUUUAGACAUAAUUUAUCAUCAGACUUGCCAGAUCAAGAAAAUUUGGAUUGUUUAUAAAAUGACUAAAACCCCCGAUGAAGAGGUUGAUCUUUUUGAUAUGGAAGAAUUUAAAGAUACUUUUAAGAAAGUUCUUCAGAGAGCCUUAAAAAAUGUACAUAUCAGCUUCAGAGACUAUGAGGAUAAUGCAGUAUGGAUUCGAAUUGCCUGGGGAACACCUUACAUGCAACCAAACCAGUACAAAACUACUUAUGUGGUGUAUUAUUCUCAAACUCCUUUCGUCUUCAUCUCUCACUGCCGUGUUAAGAAGUACAUUCCAGAGCUCUGGCAGGCCCUGAUGACUGCUGGCAAUUACCAUAAGAUCAGACAAAUGGAACUCCGAAGUCUUUAUCUGGAUUCUCUUAAGUCUAUUGUUUUUAAACAGUAUAAUCAGGAUUUCCAAACUUACUGUCUUACACCUUUACAGGAAGGAAAUACUGAGAAUGAAAUAGUGGACCCAAGGAUCAUUAAUGAGAAUGUAAAAGAGAAGGAAAGAAUCCAAAGAGUGACACGGGAAACUUUUGGGGAUUAUGUCCAACCAAGAAUAGAAUUUGCACAGUAUAAGCUUGAAACCAAAUUCAAAAUUGACUCUAAAAAUGGCAUCUUGGCUGAAAGGGAAGAACCUUUCAGAUGUUUGGUUAAAUUCUCUAGUCCACAUCUUUUGGAAGCAUUGAAAUCUUUAGCACCAGCUGGUAUUGCAGAUGCACCACUUUCAUCACUACUUACUUGUAUACCCCACAAAGCAAUGAAUUAUUUUACAAUUAGAGAGAAAUAAGUUUUAUUUUGAGGAAACUUGAGUCCCUUGUCUUAUAUUCUAAAACAUUUCAGUUCUCUUGUUACAUGUAUCUCUCCUUUCUAUGUACUAAUAUUUCAGUAAUAGUCUGUUGAGAAAAUACUUGCACUCUUAGUGAACCUGAUUCCUCCCUCUCUCUCUGAAAGCCAAAUUGUUCUCCCAGCAUGAGAGCAGAUACAAAUAGGAUUGGCUCCAGCAUUGAUACUGCAGCAGGACCACAAGUAUCUUAAAAUGAAGAGGGCUGUGCAGAAAGCACUUCAGUGUCUUCAUAAGCAGCGACUACCAUAGUGUUUUCAUUUCUGUCCAACCCAUGGGUUUAUGCCUUGAUAUUCUUUAGCCUUGGCUUUAAAGAUCAAAAUCACCAAAACACAAACAAGUAGUGCAUAAAUUUUAUAAAGAGAAUAGGAAAUUGUUCCACUGAAUCCAUUAUACACUCAUAUCAUCAGAUUCCUUUUUGUGUGAAUUAGAUUCAGAAAUACACAGAAACAUGCAUAAACUGUGAAUGGUUUAAUUGGAACAUAUUUAUGUUUAUUUUAUGUUUUAUUUUAUUUACAGUUCAUUCAAAGUACAUAUAAAUAAAUAAAUAGAAACACAAUAAAUAAAAAAAUGAAAAAACUAAAAAAAAUCAGUGAUAUUAAUUAAACUUCUCUGGUUCAUAGGACUGAAAAACAUAACUUUGUGGAAAAGAUUGUUUUAAUCCAUAAGCCAACAAACAUAAACAGGUAAUAAAUGUUUACUGAAGGAAGUACUGUCAGUAAAAUAGACAGCAACAUGUCUUGCAUAAAUUAUAAUUUGGAUAAUACAUUUUUCAAAGGUUACUAAUGAUGUCUUAAUUGUUGAACUUGAUGGCAUUUUCUCAGUCUCUUAAGACCUCCUUCCUUGCUCCCUGUAGAAUUUGACUGUUAAUCAGGUCCUCCUGUAUAUCAUUUCCUUGGUUUUCAUGAAACUGUUCUGCUGGUUCUCCUUUCUGCAGACUGUUCCUCAGUCUCCUUAAUUAUGUCAUCCAUAAUUAAAAGCCCUGUGAUUGGUCUUUUUUCUCUUUAUAUAUCCUCCAUUUUGAUUGUCUCAUUAGCUCUCAUAUUUAAAUAUUGAUCUCUAUGCAAAUAGUUUGUUGAUGAAGCAUUAGUUUCUAUUAAGUUUCACAUUAUUGAACAUAUUCCUUAUGCAUCACUGAUAUGAAACUCAUCUAAAAUAAAAUUAAUUUUCUUUUGAUACCA